UUGGUCCCAAAGGAAGCAGCGGAAAGGUGGGAUUACGUGGAGCAAUGGGACCGAAGGGAAUGAAAGGAGUCGAUGGAAUUAAAGGUUCUAAAGGAGAACAAGGAAAGGAAAGUAAGGUCAACUGGAAGCAAUGUGUGUGGGAUAGGCGAGACGUCAAAGACAGUGGAGUUAUUCAGGAAUGCAGAUUUACGAAACGAUCAGAAAAUUCGGCAUUGCGUGUAGCGUAUGCUGGAAACUUAAGAGUUUACUGUGGCAGUCACUCUACUUGUUGUUCCCGUUGGUAUUUUACAUUCAAUGGAGGUGAAUGUUCUGGUCCCAUGACCAUCGAGGGUCUUGUGUAUUCGAACAGACGGGGAGACGAUGUUCAUCGUCACAGACAGAUUGAGGGAUAUUGUGAGAACAUACCAGCAGGGCAAAUCAAAGUUGCAUUUCACAUUGGAAAAUGCGCCAGACAAAGCAGUACAACAUACGACGGCGAAACAGGAUGGGCUUCUACAUCUCGCAUUAUAAUCGAGGAGACUGCCCCUGCACAGCAAUAAUAAUGCGCGCUGCCGAUGUAUUAAUAACAGUUUGCAUUCUAGUGUCGCAACAAUUCUUGUGUUUAACAUGUUAAUAAUCACAAUUCCUUUAGCUUGUUACGUUUGAGCACAACAAACGACUGCUCUAUUCGCUUGUAAUUCAUCAAU